AUGAAUCAAGCUGGAAAAAUUGAUACUAUGUAUCUUGACACUAGCUCCACUAUUAUACUGGAUGACACCGAUAAUGAAAGAACUCCUGUACCCAAGGAAUCAGUAAAUGAUGGAAUCAAUAUUAACAAAACUAACAACAAUAUACUCCAAGAAAUACCGAAUAUGACUCCUUACCUUGCACAACCAGAAAAUAAUGUGUCCUCUUUGAUUGAAUCGAAUUCCCAGAUGACACAUAGUGCCAAAUCUCUGAUUCCUCCAAUAGGAGGGAUAGGAGCAAUCCCUGUUAUGGAAUUAUCUAUUUAA